AUCUCAUGCCAUCUUCAGGCGCACCCUCCACACACACAGAAGGAGAGAGAGAGAGAGAGAUCUGUUCAGUAGAACAAAUUUAUGCUAUGGCGAGCUCAGAUGCAAGCACGUCGUCGGGAAGCGAGUACCAAGUGUUCCUAAGCUUUAGAAGACCCGACACUGGCGUCGGAUUCACCGACUUUCUCUUCCACAGCUUGAUCGACGCUGGAGUACAUGUCUUUCGAGACGAUGAAGAGCUCCGUGUUGGUGAAAGGAUCGAUGGAUCGCUCCAACGAGCGAUCGACAACUCCAAGAUCUACAUACCCGUCUUCUCUCGGACAUAUGCUUCGAGCCAAUGGUGCCUUCGUGAGCUCGCGCAGAUCGUGGCAAAUACUUCCAAAUCGGAAGGUAAAAAAGAGAUCCUACCCAUUUUCUUCGACGUGGAACCUGACGAUGUUAAGCUGAAAACCCUUUUGUAUCGCGAUGCCAUACUCAAUUUGGAACGCGAGAAGAAGUUGAGCAAUGAGCAAGUAGAUGCAUGGAGAGAGGCUCUCAUGGAGGUUGAUGCUAUAAAGGGGUGGGAAGUGAAGAAGUACAAAGGCUACGGUGACGUGAUUAAAUUGAUCGUUGAGGAGGUCGUGCAAAAGCUGAAGACAAAACAUAGAUCUGUGACUGAACAUUUAGUUGGAAUUGAUGAUCGAGUUGCAGCACUAACCGAAUUGUUAGACGUCGGCUCUGACGGUGUGCGGCUCAUUGGAAUUCAUGGCAUGGGGGGUAUCGGUAAAACGACUCUUGCCAAAGUUGUAUUUAACCAGCUUUCUUCUAAUUUUGGAAAGUGUUGUUGUUUCAUGGAAGACGUUCGAGCGAAGUCAUUAAGAACCGAUGGCUUAAUUGAGUUACAAAAGAAGUUAUUGUCCCAAAUCGGUCAUCCUACGGAAACAAGAAGCAUUGACGAAAUUGAUUAUGGAACAAAGAGGAUUGAAGAAGUACUUAGCAAUAAAAAAGUCCUCAUUGCACUCGAUGAUGUUGCUAACUUGGAGCAAGUAGAGAAAUUAGUUGGAAGGAGUACUUUGAAUUCAGGAUCUAGAAUAUUGAUUACAACUAGAAAUAAAGAUAUUUUGCGGAUCAAUAGACCAAACUACCAAAUCUCAGAAUAUGAAAUGGAGGUGAUGAGUAGUGAUCAUGCGCUCGAGCUUUUCAGUAGGCAUGCAUUUAAUAGUGACUCCCAAUCAGAUGAUUACAAGGAUCUUUCGGGGAAAAUCGUAGCUGCGAUCGGGAGACUUCCAUUGGCUCUUGAAGUAAUUGGUUCGUUCCUCCGUGGUAAAGGGCAAGACAUAUGGAGAGAGACAUCGGAGAAGUUAAGCAAAGCACCUCACGAUGAUGUUUUUGAAAAGUUGAAGAUCAGCUAUGAUGCCUUAAGUUACCAGCAACAACAAAUUUUCCUCGAUAUUGCAUGCUUUUUCAUUGGUGAGCCUACGACAUAUGCAAUCUACAUGUGGAAAGAUUGUGAUUUUUUCCCGGAUGCUGGAGUUGGCGUCCUCAUUAGCAUGUCAUUGGUAAAGAUCGUGGAAAAUACGUUUUGGAUGCACGAUCAACUCGGAGAUCUUGGAAGAGAAAUCGUUCAUCGUCAAAAUCCAAUAAAUCCUGAAGAGCGGAGUAGGAUAUGGAUUGACAAGGAGGUCCUCGAAGCAAUAAGAACAAAGGAGAUGAAGAACAACGUCCAAGCAUUGACUCUUGACUUACGCAAAAGUGAUAAUAAGACAAUCACAAGUGAGGAGAUAGGAAGGUUUCAACAUCUACGGUACCUCGGAUUGAGUGGGGGAACCUUUCGCGGUAACUUAGCAAUGAGCCUUACCAAUAUGAGCUGGAUUUUUUGGAGUAGUCCUCCUCGUCGGUUGUUUUUCAAGCCAACCAAUAUGCGCUUAAAUAAUGUGGUAGUUCUUGAAUUUUCACGCAAUGCCUUCAUAGAUGAUUCGAAACUACAGAGCUUAACCAAGAGGGCAAGAAAAUUGAAAGUUCUUUCUCUUGAAUAUUGCCACAACAUAAAGAGAAUGCCGGACUUCUCCGGAUGCCCGAAUUUAGAGAGGCUUAAUUUCAAUGGAUGUUCCAAUUUAAGGAAACUUGAUGGCUCUAUUGGGACGUUGAAUUCCUUGAUUGAACCGAAGAUUAGGUCGUGCUAUUCUCUUGAAGAUUUGCCCGAAGAAAUCGGGAACCUAGUGAAUCUGAAGCACUUCUCGGUCGAGGAGUGUCCAAUGAAGAAACUACCAGAUUCCAUAUGGAAGUUGAAAUCAUUAUGUGAGUUGCACUUUCACAACCACGAUACUAGAGUACGUUCGGCAAAUUCAUGGGAGAUACCUAGUGCAGUAACGCUUGAGAAUCUAGAAGUGCUUCGAAUCCAUAGUCACAAUUUAAAAGGUCGACUUCCUUCGGCAAUCGGAAAUUUGCCCUUUCUAAGAGUCUUACGCUUGUUACGCACUUGCAUCAAUGAAGUUCCAGAGACAGUUAGUAUGCUUCCUUGUCUGCAAACGCUCGAGCUAAUAGAUUGUGAUGAGAUUCAAGAGCUGCCGACGCUUCCUCCAAGUUUAAACAAUCUACGAGUGUCAUCUAAAUCAUUGCUGGUAGUCCCGCACCUCUCGAAUCCGACUAAUUUGGUUAUGUUGGACCUUGAUGGUGGCUCUUGUUGGAAACAGGGAGGUAAAAUUUGCAAUGGUGAUUUAGUGGGAAUGGGGAAGUUAUCCAAACCGAACAAGUUGAAAUUGCAACAUCUCAAUGUCCCUGCUCCGGCUGAGUUGGCUUCCCUUUCUCAGUUAAAGGAACUUUGUUUGUUUGGUUUGGACCUGCGAACGCUCACGCAACUUCCAUCGUCUCUGUUAGAGUUACAGCUGUAUAAACUCAAUUCAACCGUCUCACUCUCAUCCGGAUUAGAAAACUUGUCAAGUUUACAGCUCAUAUCGUCUCAAGUGCAAGAAAUUCAACUCAGCGGGCAUCAACUUCACAACUUAACAGAGUUGAUUUUGAGUGGCGGUUAUUAUCAUACCUUGGAGAGACUCGGGCUAUCAAACUUGAGGAAGCUCAAAAUCGUCUGGGUAUCAAAUUGCCCAAAGCUUGUUGAGAUCAAAUUUGUUGGAGCGUUUGAAUCAUUAGACGAUUUAAGUAUCCAGGAUUGUGAGUCCUUGGGAAGGUUAGGGUACGCGGGUGAAGCAGAGUCCAUUGAUGAAUUGACUAUGGAGGAAGGGAGACUAAUUCUUCUGUCGAGGGUAUUAUGUAAGUUGAGAAGGUUCGAGCUUGCUUGUUGCCCAAAGAUACUCCAAAUUCAAGUACUCGGCACGUCAGAAUUGUGGAAAGAAUUUUGGGUAAGGGGUUGUCGUUCUUUGCAAAGUGUACGGGGUUUAUCAAACUCAAAGAAGCUUGAGAAGUUACACAUCUGGAACUGCGAUGGUUUACGAGUUGUCGAGGGCCUUGACGAGUUAGAGGCUUUGAAUGACUUGUUCAUUCAGAAUCGCCCAUCAUUGGAAAGGUGGAUUGAUGUAUCAAAUACCAAAUUGCCAAAUGAUUGCCGCAUCGAGAUCCCCGACGUCAGCCACCGUAGAUCUAAGACAUAUUUCGAAGGCACCGUUCAAUCUUACAAGCGUUAUAAGGAGUCACGCUUUCCUCGGACGUGUACGUGUUUUAGAAGCCUAUAAGAGUUAGAAAUCGUCUCUCAAUCCACAAAUUCCAGAAGCUUCUCUACCACUGAUCGACGCCGGAAUCCACCAUCUCCGAUCGCAAGCAUUUACUGUCACUUGCCACCGGAGUUGCAGAUCCACAGAACCCAGAACCAUCCACACAGAACACAAGCUGGAAG